AUGCCUUCCCUCCGCAACUUGCUGGCCUCGGGUCUGGCAGCUGCCACGACAGUCUCUGCUACCGGCAUCAAUGACUUUUCCUGCACAUCCAAGUCCAACCCUGUCGUAUUGCUGCACGGUUUGGGCGCCAAUUACCUGGAGGACCUAAACGUGCUCCAAUAUUGGCUCCAGAAUCAAGGUUACUGCACAUACUCUCUGACCUACGGUGCAUACGAAAUCGGCCCUCUGGUCGGAGGCCUGAAGCCCAUCGCCGAGUCGUCCCAAGAGAUUGCCGACUACAUCAAGGAAGUUAUCCAAAAGACCGGCCGAAGCAAAGUCGACGUUGUCGGUCACUCCGAGGGCGCCUUCCAGUCGCUGUAUGUCCCCAAAUUUACGGGCGUAAGCCAGUACAUCGACAAGAUUGCUGCGAUUGCGCCGCCCACGCACGGGACCUCGUUCGCGGGGCUAUACAACCUCGCUUAUCUGCUAGGUAAUGCUUCGCGACAGGCCGUCGGCGAUGUUCUGAAGACAGUGGGAUGUGCUGCAUGUGAUGAUCUUGGACCCGGCGGUGCGGCCGUGACUCGCUUGAAUGACGGCACGCCCAUUGUGCAGCCGGGCAACAAAGUGACCAUCAUCGCGUCCAAAUAUGACGAGCUGGUGACUCCCCCAGGUGUCUCUUCGUUUGUGAAGGAGGCUGGCGUGACCAACCGCUAUGUGCAGGACACCUGUCCCUUGGACCCGGUUGGCCAUAUCGGUGAGGCCUACGACACGAAUGUGUGGAACUUGGUCAAGAAUGUGUUGGAUGAUACCCCGAAUCGCAAGUUCCUCUGUCUGCUUGGAUCGCCUGGUAAAUGA